UUGCUUGAAACUACUCUAUUUGUUCCUUGCGUAAAUUACUCUUACUCUCACGACCAAUCCAGCCCCAUAAAUUUCUAAGGUUUUUCUCAUUGCAAUUAUUUAUUGAUUAUUGCAGUUAGUGAAAAUCUUUAAGGUUCAUUAUCUUUAAUCAAUUAACAAUGGAUGCUCAGAGGGCUUUACUUGAUGAACUCAUGGGUGCAGCACGGAAUUUGACUGAAGAAGAGAGGAAGGGGUACAAAGAAAUUAGAUGGGACGAUAAGGAAGUUUGUCGAUGCUAUAUGGUUCGAUUCUGUCCCCAUGAUUUGUUUGUCAACACUCGAAGUGAUCUGGGAGCGUGCCCGAAAAUUCAUGAUCCGAAGUUGAAGGAAAGUUUUGAGAAGUCCCCCCGGCAUGAUUCAUAUGUUUCCAAGUUUGAAGCAGAGCUAGCUCACUUCUGUGAGAAGUUGGUUUCAGAUUUGGAUAGAAAAGUUAGGCGUGGCCGGGAGCGUCUUGCUCAAGAGGUUGAAGUUCCCUCUCCCCCACCGAUGUCAGCUGAAAAAACUGAGCAGAUGUCUGUUCUGGAAGAAAAGAUAAAGAACCUGCUGGAACAAGUUGAGUCUCUUGGUGAAGCGGGGAAGGUUGACGAAGCUGAGGCACUCAUGAGAAAGGUGGAAUUGCUAAAUGCUGAGAAGACUGCCUUGACACAACAACCACAGCAGGAUAAAUUAUCAAUGAUCGCACAGGAGAAAAAAAUGGCUUUAUGUGAAAUAUGCGGCUCUUUUCUAAUAGCAAAUGAUGCCGCAGAAAGAACUCAAUCUCAUGUUACUGGCAAGCAACAUAUGGGUUAUGGCAUGGUCCGGGACUUUCUCACGGAAUAUAAGACAGCUAAGGAAAGGGCAAUGGAAGAAGAAAGAUUAGCUCGGGAAAGAGAAGCUGCAGAGCAGAGGAAGCUAAGGGAAAGGGAACAUGAGAGAAGACAUGGAAGAAGUGACUCUCCUGACAGGUACAGGUACCUCCAUAGGGAUUCUGACAGGGAGAGGGACCGAUAUCGAGAACGCAACCAUGACCGAGAAAGGUCUCAUGAGAGGAAUGGCAGAGGAAGCCGAGAAAGGGUAAGAGGAUCAGAUUUAAAGUAUAGCAGUGCGAGGGACGGAAGAGAAGGAAGUAGGGAUAGAUACCGUGAUAGAAGUAGGUCACGGUCUCCUGUCAGGCACGGUCAAAGGAGGUCAUCUAGGAGUCCAGUCCGCUCAAAAUAGGGAUUAUGUAGAUUAUGCCAGGAUUUUGAUUUCUGAAGAGGUAGACAUUUUUAUACUCUCCAAGUUAUAUGGAUGUGUGCUUUGAAGUCUUAAGUUAUGUCGUCAUUACGAGUAAAAUUGUUUUUUGUUGUCACAGCUCUAUUAAGACUUUAACAUCGCCCUAUCGUCAAUAUAAUUACAGGAGAAAAGGUUGAGGUAGGUAUCAAUUCAUUGGCGUGACUUACCAAUUUGCAUUUUGGUCUAUUGUUUGUUCAAUGCGUGACAAUUGAAUGGAUCAUACUGCUAUUGAUAGAGAAUAUAUAUUUUUCCGAACGUCAAGGUAACAAACAAUUUAUUUUGUCAUCUGCAAAAUUUCAUUAAGACCAAUUUUGUUGUCCUCUUUUGGUUCAUUCAGAUGCUCCGGUGCAAUUUGGAUUUCAAUAACUUUGGUAACUGCUUACAGAAGGAAAUUAUUGCUUGUGAUUGUUGAUUUUGUGCAAUUUAACGAGUACAUGAAUGAGAUUUCAUGUAGAUACCGUGUUGCACUUUCGUGAAGCUCUAUUGCGGAUGGGGUAAACUUCUCUUACCUGACUCUUUUUCCAUCCCUCAUCUACACGGUUUAAAAUUAGUCGAGCUGUGCAGGUGUAACACAACUAUAUUAGUGAAUGUCUAAUUAAUUGAUAAUUCUGUGAAACAUGAGAUUAGGAAUUAAAUCUUCCUGUUGGUCUAUAGUGUGUGUGUGUGAACAUAUACAAGGUUUCUUGCCCUAUUCGGAGACACUCUUCUGGCACGACGGAUCCUCCAGCUUGAAAUUGUACUCCUGGCACAAGGAUGGGAUUAUCCACCUCUUGAAAAUUAUCAGAAUCACUUGGUGUCAUGAGUUUGUGUUUGGCAAGUUGCCAUUUCAUUGUUUUCGCAAGCUUUGAUUUCUGCAGGAAAGACUUGUUCAGGGUUAUUACGUAUCUAAUCACACUUGCGCCCUUAGCUUGCAUCUCCCAGUGUUAGCAUCAGCCCAACACUGUGCUUUGGUAGUUGGUUUCUAUGUUGAAAGUAAGGUCUAAAUUAUACUUUUUGCUUCAACUUAAUUUAUAAAUUCUUCAGUUUCUGAGAAAGGUUGCUUAUUUGUUUGUUGGGACAA